AUGGCUACCUCAAAUGAGAAUCUCGUUGGUAUGGGUUAUCGAUCACCAUAUACUGUAUCUUUACCUUAUGAUUCUAUUUGGGCUGCUAUGGUCGAUAAAGUUUACAAUACAAGUGAUUAUCUUCCUGUUACGGAUGUCAAAACAAUUGAUCGUUCACCAACGCACGUCUAUCGAGAAAUGAAAGCAGGUAAUAAACAACUCAAUGAAGAUAUUUAUCUGGACAAAGAAAAAGGUGAAAUUAAAUUUUUUGUUAUCGAUGCUGAUGAAGUGCAUGUCAACAAAUUUCACAAAGAUGAACAAGUCUUUGAAUAUUAUAAUGAAAAUAAGAAGGGUGAACGAAUUCCUUGGAAUGCACCACAAGCAAUAGUUCUCAAAGCAAUGGAUCAAACAGUUACGAAAGCUAAAAAACUAUCUGGUCAUUCUUAG